UUUCGGGGCAUGGGGGUGGCCCCGAAACUACUUGAAAAAAGACUUUGGGGCGGAUGCGCAGUCGCCGAUUAGCUGUCUACCUUAUGGCCCUGCGCUCUCUCUGUUUCUCCGACCAUGUGGCGAUCAACGUGGCAACCGUGCGUUCGAUUGAUGGCAGCUCGAGGUCCCUCCGGCAGGCUUGGCUCCCCUACAAGACCAGCUAGGCUUCUGUCGGGACAGGCUGACUCUCUUACGGGAACACCCACUACUUGCAAAGCACCCAGGAUUGGCGUACGGGAGGCGAGCGACACCCUGGAUCUGAUCGACCAGCUGCUGUGGGCCUUGGGUCCGGCAGAUUCGGGAGAGACUGGCUUCGUGUUCUUCGACUUGGACGAGACCCUCAUCACGCGAGACACCUGCCUCGUCGAUGGUCUCGGUAGCACAAGCGCGUUAAUGGCGAGGCUGGAGGCAAAGCUGGGGCCCUCAAGCGAAACCCUUCGCGUCAUCCGCCAGGAGAUGGAGAGGGACUACUACAACGCAGAUCUAAGGCUCGUUGAUCCGCUGUUAGCGAGAGUAAUUCGGUCGCUCAAGAUUCAAGGGCAUAGCGUGUUUGGCUUGACUUCCAACGCGUUGGAUCCUGUUCACGCACCGCGGAUCCUUGAGACUCUGGCCAAGUACAAGAUUAGGUUCUCUGCGCCAGACGUAAGAGGCGAAUUGCCGAGGAGCGGGGCUCUAAUGGUCGAUCAUCCCGUGUCUAGAGGGAUAAUCUUCGGGGAUAAUCAGCAGGCGGUCUCCCACGACAAAGGGGAAAUCAUAGCCGAGUACGUCGGGCUCCUCCUCCACAACGCCGGCCGCGUGGUCUCAGAGCACGUAGGGGAGAAAACAGCUGGAGACGCAGCUAGAGGAGGGCUGUCGGAACCGGGAGGCGUGAAGGUCGGCGACGGCGAGAGCAGCGGCGGUAGGACAGCCCUCGCCGGCUCGCUCUCCCCCAGGCGGCCUAGAAAAUGCGUCCUGGUCGACAACACAUCCAAAAAGUGCGAGAGGGCGGUGGAGACGUUCGCGCGGCACGCGGCAAUGGCCGGAGGCGGGCUGGAGCUACACACGCUCCACUUUACCGAGGCCGAGAACAUGGUGGAUUCGCCCGAAGCACUUAGACAGCUGCGGGUAAUCCUUGCGCGACUGCAAGAGCGAGGGCUCAUCGGCGUUGACCUUAUCGCGGAGGACAUAUUGGUGACACCGGUAGGGGGCGUCCGUAGAGGUGCCGGUGACAAGGUGAAGGCAGCAGCGGAGGUGGCAUGUGUACCAGACGGAAAGAGUGGCCGUAGCGGAUGAUUGCAGCGUGAAUCAAAGAACAUGAUCGCCGGCGUGUCAGGCGCGAUAUGGUAGGUGUUUGGUUAUGGUUGCGGUGGACGCGUCCAACACGCAAUAAGUGCGAUACGGUGCAUUGGACAGAUGUCUUCCCCAACUAUCGUCGUUUUCUUCACAGUGUCGUGUCACAGCAGUGUCGUGGUUCCGUGUUUCUUUCGUACGAGAACUGUUGACGAGUAAGCAAUGGAUUGAAGUGUUGGUGUUGGAUGGUUGGUACGCAUGUGUUGAAAAUGUGGUGUUGUUGAUGUGGUGAUUGUGGGGGCGCAAAGGUGGAUGGAAAACCUCUAGUGUGAAGAGAACAGAACUAGCUGUUGCAAUCUGGUGGCCCACCGCAAACGUAGAAGGGUGGUCAUACAGCAGCACCACAGGACAGCAGUCUCCAUGAAUUGCGUUUUGGUGACGGUGUGUCGUUGUUUCUAUCUCUUGUCGAGACCCUCUGCAGGUAGCGUUCGCCGCUACUUCGGGGGUAUUGUUAAGGUUGCUUCCCGUCGUACGUCGUAGGAAGCAUCACCUUCGACACAACCCUGGCAGGUGGCGUGUGGCUAGUCCCAUACAUUUGUGUGCGUGAAUCACCCCGCCCGAAGGUUCGAAUUGAACCGCGGGACGGAUCUACGUGUCGGCGAUACGCCAGGAGCAUGGGCUUCUUGUAGUAGAGCAUCUCGGCACAUUCGUGAUGUCAGUCUGUUGGUGCAUGUGGUGUGAUGUCUGUUUUGCAUGGCGUACAAGUCCCUUACGCCUGUAUGGCAGUGUACGAUACGUUGGUUUGGAGAGGUUUGUUUGCCUUCCUGUGCCGUGUGAGUGUAUUCCUCUUAUUUUUUUAUUUUUUUUCGCGUUUUGGGUUUGAAUCCCUCACGGUCUCUAAUAUAGCACCUUUCACAACAAUUCUUGGGGUUUUGUAACAUGUGCGGGGGUGUUCUGCGCCGUAGGGACGCAUAUACAGCACAAGAGAAUCGGUGGGUGGCGGGGUAGCAACACCCCGCAGCUCCAGGUGAUGGGUACAUACCAGCACUCCCAGUCAUGUGCGCAUCACCAGCGAUGGGAGCAGACGGCUUGAUACGGGACGUAAUGUCGAACAC